AUGGCUUUGAAAUCGGGCACAAGUGACUUUUCAAUCGAUCAUAUCUUAAAUCGAGCUGGUGAUCAAUACUCGAAAAAUAAGCAAUGUGAAAUAUUUGAAACAAUAAGCAUGACAAGCAGUCCUUCGUCGAGUUGUGAUGAGAGUGUUAAUUGUGAUAAUUAUGAGAAAAAAAUUUGUCAUAAUGGAUGCGGUGAUAGUGAAAGAUUUAUGGAAAUUCCAACUUUUGACUGGCUUAAUUAUACAAGAUACAAUAUGCCAAGAAUGCCUCGUCCUACAAAAGGCCCCGCAAGAAGAACACCAGGAAGAUUACCGAGAAUACCUUUUACGCCAUAUCAACUUAAUGAACUCGAAAAUGCCUACAAAACCGCAACAUAUUUAAGCACCGAGGACGCAAAUAAGCUUGCGAAACGACUUGAUUUAACUGGUGUUCGAGUGAAAAUUUGGUUUCAAAAUAGACGUGCUAGGGACCGACGGGAACGCAAAGAUUUAUCAUUAAACAAAUCACUUAAAAAACCUUCAGACGAAGAAGAAGAAAUUAUCGUAAAUUAA